AUGUUUGCCAGAGACAAGGAGAUCCGUGGUGUUGACAUAAACAUGCCCUUGUACCACAUUAUACCACCAAUCUCCUCUUCAUCACAUGAUGUGCAGCUAGAUUUUGAUGCUAAAACCAAAACCAUUUACUGGACAGAUAAUCUUCAGAAGGAAAUACGAUGCUCUGGACUUUCUAAUGUGAGCUCAGAUGUCAUCAUUGACGUUAGUGUACUUGGACAACCCAGUGGCUUAGCUGUGGAUUGGAUAUCUCGUCUCUUAUACAUCUCAUCAAAUGACUCACUUCUUGUGUCUUCUCUUAAAGGGGAGUAUCUCAGCUUCCUAAUGAAAGGAACUGGUACUGAGUUGAGUUCACUGGCAUUGAAUCCUGAAGAAGGGAAGUUGUUCUGGAUCCAGCGUCAGAAUUCAGCAUGGUCUGUUGUGAAGGCUCAAGGAGAUGAUGGGAUCAAGACCUUGAGGGUGUAUGAUGCUGAUCUUCAGCAAGGAAGCAAUCCAUGUGUGACUCAUGGUGGUUGUUCACAUUUGUGCUUACCAAUAUCCAAGACUGCCCAUGUUUGCAAGUGUGCUGAUGGAUUCUUGGCUUCUGGACACAAUGGAUCCCAGUGUGCAGGGCAUGACCCAUUCCUUAUGUACUCAGUGGACUCAGAAAUAGCUGGCCUCAAUUUGGAGAAGAAUUCUUCAAAUAUGGUUCUCAUGCCCCCAUCAGGAGUAUCAUCUGCCACAUCCUUGGAUUUUCAUGCAGAGAAAGGAUACAUCUAUUGGGCAGACAAUGAACAAGGUAGAAUAAGUCGUGUUCGUCGGGAUGGUACCAAUCGUGAAGUCGUCAUCCAAGGUGUUGAAUCAGGCAUAGAAGGAUUGGCUGUUGAUUGGAUUGCAGGAAAUUUAUACUGGACCAACUCAAAACUGAAUCUCAUCAUGGUGGCACAUCUAAAUGGUUCAAGUCAAAUGGUCAUUGCUACUGGAAAUGCUCCUUCAGCGAUUGCUGUGCAUCCAAGUAAAGGAUUAAUUUUCUGGAGUUCUCGGAGCCCAUCUUCAUCACCCUCCAAUUUGCAACAAAAUGUUACCAAGUUCUCCUUAUCUUAUGGUAUCAUUCGGGCUCACAUGGAUGGGACUGAUCAAUCCACCAUUCACAAUUCUACUGCUGCAGAUAUAUCCAUUGACUAUGAGGUGAGACACAGAUUAGCUUGA